AUGGCGAGCUCCACAGACCUGAACUAUAACCUGUCCCUGGGGAACCUGUCCCUGGGGAACCUGUCCCUGGGGAACCUGUCCCUGGGGAACCAGUCCCUGGGGAACCAGUCCCUGGGGAACCAGUCCCUGGAGGACCAGGAGGAGGACCUGGAGGUGUACACAGAUGUGUAUUCCAAAGCUGUGGUGAGCGUCCUGUACCUGCUGCUCUUCCUGGUAGGUGUGUUUGGAAACUGCUUCACCUUGUGGAGCCUCUGGUCUCGUCGUGGUCUUCAGAACCUGCAGAGCACAGUGCACUACCAUCUGGGCAGCCUGGCGGUGUCUGACCUGCUGAUGCUGGUACUGUCCAUGCCUCUGGAGCUGCACAGCUUCAUCUGGUACCAGCACCCAUGGUUGUUCGGAGACGCCGUGUGCAAAGGAUACUACUUCCUGCGCGACAGCUGUACGUACGCCACGGCGCUGAACAUCGGCAGCCUGAGCGUCGAGCGCUACAUGGCGGUCUGCCACCCGUUCAAGAACAAGACUGUGAUGUCACACAGCCGCACACGCAGGCUCAUCAGCGCCCUCUGGCUCUCGGCAAUGGCUCUGGCUGCUCCUAUGCUGCUGGUGAUGGGACAAGAGACACGCAGCGGAGAGAAGGUGUGCACGCCAACGGUCUCCAUGGCAACGCUGAAGACGGUGCUGCAGUGUCAGUCUCACAGGUCUGAGGGUGGGACCUGGGAACUGGGCUCCUGUCUGUCAGCACCUGUUGUGGUCCUGGGACAACGCCUCAUGUCUCUGUCUCUCCACAGAGCGGCUGCAGAGGUCUCCAGUGGUCCGCACCAUCGCACAGGCCAGGACUCUGUAUUUAAGCGCCUGAAGAAGGACCUCUCCACUUUUGUCCAGAAGGAGCUGAAGAAGUUCCAAAGGCUUCUGAGCACAGAUUACCCAGAAUGCUUAGAGCCUGUGGAGGAUGAGGAGCAGAGGAGCAGCAGUGAGGCGCUCCUGAAGAUCACACUGAACUUCCUGAGGAGGAUGGACCAGAAGGAGCUGGCUGAGCGUCUGUGGAGCAGGACUUAUUCUGGAUGUCCUCAGCGUAAACUGAAGGAGCAUCUGCAGCAGAGGUUUGAGUGUGUGUUUGAGGGCAUCGCUAAAGCAGGAGCCCCCACCCUCCUGAAUCAGAUCUACACCGAGCUCUACAUCACAGAGGGAGGCUCUUCAGAGGUCAACCAGGAACAUGAGUGGUCAGCUCUGACCUUCAUCUUACUGUCAUCAGAAGAAGAUCUGGACCAGUUUGAUCUGAGCAGAUACUGUGCUUCAGAGGAAGCUCUCCUGAGGCUGCUGCCAGUGGUCAAGGCCUCCACCAAAGCUCUACUGAGCUGCUGUGAGCUGUCAGACAGAAGCUGUGGAGCUCUGGCCUCAGUCCUCAGCUCCCAGUCCUCUAGUCUGAGAGUCCUAGACCUGAGUCACAACAACUUGAAGGACUCAGGGCUGAAGCUGUUGUCUGAUGGACUGAAGAGUCCUCACUGUAAACUGGAGACGCUCAGUCUGUCAGGUUGUUUGGUGUCAGAGGAAGGCUGUGCUUCUCUGGCCUCAGCUCUGAGGUCCAACGCCUCCCAUCUGAGAGAACUGGACCUGAGCUACAACCAUCCAGGAGACACAGGAGUAAAGCUGCUGUCUGCUCUGCUGGAGGACCCCCACUGCACCCUGCACACUCUCAGACUGGAGCAUUCUGGAGCUCAGAGCGGCUCUGGGACACCGGGUGCGGAGCCGCUCAGAGAAUUGCGACGGCAUCAGCUGAUGCCCCUCCUGGAUACCACUGACGAGACAACGCUCACUUCCCCGAGACGUAGCUGGGUUUCCAUAGCCGCCUUUCUUUCCGGAUCGAAGGCGCAGCUUCGCGUCAUACGUCCAUCAUACGACCGUCAUACGACCGUCAUACGUCCGUCAUACGUCCGUCAUACGUCCGUCAUACGUCCGUCAUACGUCCGUCAUACGACCGUCAUACGAGCGUCAUACGACGUCAUACGACCGUCAUACGUCCGUCAUACGUCCGUCAUACGUCCGUCAUACGAGCGUCAUACGUCCGUCAUACAUCCGUCAUACGACCGUCAUACGUCCGUCAUACGUCCGUCAUACGUCCGUCAUACGUCCGUCAUACGUCCGUCAUACGACCGUCAUACGUCCGUCAUACGUCCGUCAUACGAGCGUCAUACGUCCGUCAUACUCCGUCAUACGACCGUCAUACGACCGUCAUACGACCGUCAUACGUCCGUCAUACGUCCGUCAUACGACCGUCAUACGUCCGUCAUACGUCCGUCAUACGACCGUCAUACGACCGUCAUACAACCGUCAUACGUCCGUCAUACGUCCGUCAUACGUCCGUCAUACGUCCGUCAUACGUCCGUCAUACGUCCGUCAUACGUCCGUCAUACGUCCGUCAUACGUCCGUCAUACGUCCGUCAUACGUCCGUCAUACGUCCGUCAUACGAGCGUCAUACGUCCGUCAUACGUCCGUCAUACGUCCGUCAUACGUCCGUCAUGCGUCCGUCAUGUGACCGUCAUACGACCGUCAUAAGUCCGUCAUACGACCGUCAUACGACCGUCAUACGACCGUCAUACGUCCGUCAUACGUCCGUCAUACGACCGUCAUACGUCCGUCAUACGUCCGUCAUACGACCGUCAUACGACCGUCAUACGACCGUCAUACGUCCGUCAUACGUCCGUCAUACGUCCGUCAUACGACCGUCAUACGUCCGUCAUACGUCCGUCAUACGUCCGUCAUACGUCCGUCAUACGUCCGUCAUACGAGCGUAUAACACAAGUUAA